AUGUCCACGACCACGACCACGGCAGCAAGGAGCGAGGAGCGCACAACGAACCAACAUUUCUCCCUUGAUGCUGACGGUAAGGAGGUCGUCGACCUCUCAUUUCAAUCAGAAGGGCUUGGAUUGCCCGCUGAAAAGGGUUACGGCUGGGCUCAGCUCGAAUUUAGCGAAAAGAUUGGCUACGAUUUACGCUACACCAUCACUCGGAAGCUAGGUUGGGGGAAGAACUCCAGCACUUGGCUUGCGUGGAACGAAGUACUCAACAAAUACGUGGCCGUCAAGGUACUGACUGGCCACGCGACAGACCUGCACGAGCGCAAGAUGGCAUGGGAGGAACAGGCACUCAAACGGCUUACAUUCCCCUCUGUAUCAGAGAAUUGCGUUCACAUUUUAGAGUACUUCACGAUGAAAGGCCGCGGCUCAGCAGGUUCUCACCUCUGCUUCACAAUGCCUCUCUACGGGGGCGACGUCAGGUCUCUCAUCCAGUCUCGGACCUCCCCCUUCCCCCUUCCGCUAGUUAAACGUAUCCUCCUACACCUUCUCCGUGGAAUCGCGUUCGCACACGAACGUGGGAUCGUCCAUACGGACCUCAAAUUCGACAAUGUCUUAUUUACAACGCCUGCUACGACUGAAGACAUCGAGAAAUGGAUCCAGGAAGACCCGCCGCGCCGAAACCCCCCAGAACUUUCCAGCGAUGGCGUAGUCAAAUCUGCAGUAUCGCAACCGAUGAAACUACCCUCUGAAGAGGAGGCGCUGCGCGCUACAUAUGUCCUUGCAGACUUUGGCUGUGCUCUCCCUUCCAAACGGCAUGCUCAUUGUAACAUCACACCUGUCCUUUUGAGAGCACCCGAAGUCCUCCUGGGUGGGGAGUGGGAUACACCGGCCGACAUAUGGUCUUUCGGAUGUUUGGCGUACGAACUUAUCACCAACGAAACUCUCUUCCAGUAUAGAACCUACGAUGACUUCGGCUUGACGGAGACUGAGAACCUGCUAUAUCAAAUGAUGUUCCACGCGUGCGAAGAAUUUGAACCGACUCAACUCAGUAUAUGCCCUUUAGCCGGGGAGUACUUCAACAGCAACUGUGAACUGAAGAAGGAGCCGACUCUUGGGCGUUGGCCCAUACAAGAGCUCAUCGCUGAACACAAAAUAUUGUCUGAUGAAGAAUGUUUCGCUGCGGGGGCUUUCGUUCAACGCUGCCUGCGCUUGAACCCCGAAGAUCGUGCUACGGCCAAGGACCUUCUUGAGGAUAAGUGGAUUCGAGGCAUAGAGUAA